UAACAUAAAGAAGAGAAGUGACAUAUUUACGCAGUUGUUGAAUCAGUGGCCCGAAAUCUCGAAUCGACUCAUCUCUCAGCUCACCGGCGCUGCAUUAUCAAUUGCAGGAGGAUUUGGUUGUGAAGAUGGCAUCGAAGUUGAUACAAGUUCAAUCAAAGGCAUGUGAGGCUUCAAAGUUUGUGGCUAAGCAUGGAACUUCCUACUACAGACAGUUGUUGGAGAAGAACAAGCAAUAUAUCCAGGAACCUGCCACUGUUGAGAAGUGCCAAGAGUUGUCUAAGCAAUUGCUCUACACCCGUCUUGCUAGCAUUCCCGGACGCUAUGAAACCUUCUGGAAGGAAGUAGACUACGCAAAGAACUUAUGGAAGAACAGAUCCGCUCUGAAGGUAGAAGAUGCAGGAAUUGCUGCAUUGUUUGGUCUCGAAUGCUUUGCGUGGUAUUGCGCAGGUGAAAUCGCCGGGAGAGGAUUCACCUUCACAGGCUAUUACCCUUGAAGGAGAGAAACAAUAACUUGAAGAUUGUGUAAUCCCCUCCGUUUUAGUUUUCAUGAUUCUCUCUUGAAUCGAUUUUUUCCCAGUUUAUUCCUGAAACAGAGGCUUUGGAGCUGAGAAAAUCCAUUUUGCUAUAACUCUUUGACAAAGAUUGCUAUCAAUAAGAACAAAAUUUCCCAGGAAAUUGCUUUCACUAUAAUGUUUUUGGCCUUGUUUAAUAUCAAUAUCAGUAAUGAUACAAAAUUCGAACCA